AUUUCAUUAGGACGUUUGAUCUAUAUCGUCCAGGUGUGGCACUCCGUCAGAAUAAUCGUCUUUUGGUCUAGGCCAGUGAAGCUUUACGAGCUUGCCCUCGGAUACGGUUAAGCCUUUAUCAUGGCUGAAUUGUGAUUGGUCAAAGCCAGCAAAGACCCAUCCCCCUUUCAAAAAUUUUAACUUUUUCGUUCUCCAUGUAUGCCAGUAUAUAAAGCGACCUAGUUCACGGUUGUCCUAGCAAAUGAUUCUUGCACGUUGUUCUAAUGCUUACGCGAAUCAGCAGAAGCCGUGUGACCUGCACGACGUCACGAUUGCUCAUAGCUCAGCGUUUUCAACUACCAUCUAUAACAGUCAACAUUGAUAAAUAUCGACGCUUCAACGAAUCUUCAGCACAAACUUGCAAGAUGGCAGCUAACAAGGAAUGGCACGAAGCCUACCCUAAUCCUCGCAACCAAUCACCCGAUGCUAUCACACGAGAAGAUUUGCUCGAGCGCCUACAGAAAGACCAAAAGCCCGGCGUGGACUUUCUGUUGGUAGAUCUCCGAAAAGUAGACUAUCAGGGUGGGACAAUCAAGGGAUCACUAAAUCUACCUGCCCAGAGUCUCUAUUAUUCGCUCCCAACUCUGCUGAACAUAUGCCAGCAUGCCGGUAUUAAAUCGGUGAUUUUCUAUUGCGGCUCGUCCCAGCAUCGCGGCAGUAGGGCUGCUGGGUGGUUCGACGAUUUGAUCAAGGACCGCCAGGUGGUUGGUGUCCGGAGCUUUAUAUUGCGUGAUGGUGUCGGCGGCUGGGCUCGCGCAGGAGACGAAUACACCCGGAUGAUGGACGAGUACGAUGCUCAGACCUGGGCCAGCAAAUAGAGUUGAUUUGGCAUCUUGGUUCGCUCUCGUAGGCUGGUCUUUGUUGCAUUAAGGUGCGAAUGAGUGGCUUGUGCUGAAGGAGAGAAGAAGGAACGGAGGUGAAAUGCUGGUGUGACAUUUUGUUGUGAGCUUCUACUGUUUAGUCGAUGAACCUCGAAACAUAAUGAAUUGAGACAGAUGCAACCGUACAAUCCAGGCCUGCACGGUCGAUGACACAAAACUAGUCGCAUAUUUCGCAUAACGGAACGGUGUCAAGCAACUAUGAUCUGAACAACUUUGGUCAUCGAUGUCACACCUCAUUUUUGGGACGUCAGUAGUCAUGACUAUCAUGAAGAAAACCUUAGUAACUUCAAAUUGCCCCCAUCUCCAUCACAAGUAAGUCCGUUUAUGGGGCAGAACUUGAUCUCCCUCGAUCUAGAACUGCAGGUGCGGACGGUUACUCUCCUUUCAUGACCUUCUCAUUUAUCCUUUGCGAUAGUGGCUUCCUCAGGUUGUGACACAUCAAUGCUCUUAUUAUCGCC